AUGAGGCAACUCUUAGACAGUCCGCCUUCUUGUACCCUCUCAUCUUCCUCUGCACUUGCCAUGGCUGGAGAAAUAGUAUAUGCUGAUUUAAACAUUCCUGGAGCUUUUCCCACUUCAAAGUCACUGCAUCCAGCUCAGCACCCCAAAAUCCCUCAGUGCCCACGCUGGCAUCGGAUGGCUCUAUGGCUUGGAUGGGCUGGGAACAUCAUCCUGGCGGCAGCUGUGAUCGUGCUUGGUGUUUGGGGUCAGACUGGAAGACAGGGAACAACAAAUGGAAUUGAAUGUAAUUCCAGCCUGAAGGAUUCCCAGUCUUGUUCGAAUCAAAAUUUGUAUCCAAAGCCAGACAACAACUCAACAGAGGGCUGUGGGUGCAAACUGUGCCCCGCUGACUGGCUGCCACACAAGAACAAGUGCUAUUGGGUCUCUAAAGAAAGUAAAACAUGGAAUGAGAGUCGUGAGGACUGCUCAGCGAAGAGCUCUCAGAUGCUCAUGAUCCAAGACAAGGAGGAGAUGGUGUAUGUACUGAGUAUUCCACAACUGAACCUGGUCUGGCUUGGACUCAGUGUAACAUCCCCAGAGAGGAAAUGGACCUGGGUGGACGGCUCCACAUUUGAUGAAACACUGUUCCAGCUAACAGGCGCUGCUGACAGGGAGAGCUGUGGGAUGAUCACAGGGAACCACACUAUUUCAGAAACCUGCACGGCUGUAGCUAAAUGGAUUUGUGAGAAAGUUGCCCUGAAAUAAGCAGUCACACCAGUGAGCUGCACUUCCGUAACUGAAAUAGCAAGCACCCUUGUUUAUUUUCUAAAAGAAAAACAUUUGCUAAUUAAAGAAUUCUAAAGCCUCCGACAAACUCAUUUUCCAAGGAAGAUCCAUUCACUUGUUCCUCAGGAGCUGGGUCUGAUUUCACGAGGAGCUGGCUGCCUCCUGGGCAUCGUGUGAGAGCAGACACUCUUGGCUCUCAGGAACAGUUUGAAAAUUAAAAGUUGUAAAGCCCCAAUGUCACCACUGGAGACCUACGUGCCAUCUGGCCACAUCUCAGAAAGGCGCCGUUUUGAACAUUCUUCCACCCUGCCCCACUUUCAGCCAUAGCCUCUAAUUCUGUGGGAGAUUUAGGGGAAGAAGCACCAGUUUGUAUUCCCACAUCUGGUAGUUGCUUACCAUUUACGCACCCCAAUCUGGGUACACAAUAGUUCUCGUCACAGAU